AUGGUGAAAAUCAGCGAGAAAGGAGAAGAAAAUGUUACUUUGGCAGUCGAUAAAGACAAAGAGAGCCAAAACGUGAUGAAAUGGGCUGUCAACAAUCUUCUUAGUCGAGGCCAAACUAUUACUCUUCUUCAUGUUAAACUCAAACAAUCCUCUUCCCUUCCCUAUUCUGGAUCUAACCUGAACAAGCCAAACGAUGAUGUAUCAGAAUUUUUUCUUCCCUUCCGCUGCUAUUGUGCUAGAAAAGAUAUCAACUGCCAAGAUGUGGUUGUGGAGGACGUUAGUGCAGCUAAAGGAAUACUUGACUAUGUAGAACAACAUGGAAUUGAGACUCUAGUACUUGGUUCAUCGAAGAUGAAUCUUUUAAGGUUCAAAGCAGCGGAUGUUUCAAGCACCGUCAUGAAAAAGGCACCAAGUUUCUGUAAAGUAUAUGUAAUCUCAAAAGGGAAAAUCUCGUCUUUGAAAUCAGCUACAACUUCACCACCGAGUUCCACUAUGCGGUACCAUGUAAACGCUCAGAUGGGCAAUCUUAAUGUUGAAAGGAGACAAGAAACAAUGCAAAGAGAACAAGACGAGAUCAAGAUUGAGAUGAAAAGAGAAUACGAAAGCAUUUAUCAGCCAUCGAUCACAGAGUCUGACAUAUCAUUUGUGAGUAGUGGAAGACCGAGCAUGGAUCAGAUGUUUCCUUCCUUGUAUGAAAAUGUGGAUAUUACAUGGCUCUCAGUUGGUUCUGAGUACGGAAAAAAUCGAUCAAGUUUUGCUACAUCAUACUCAUCAGGGAAGGAGUCUAUAGAUCUUACCUCACCAUAUGCAGAACACUCUUCAAGCUCCCUUGAAAGUGGGAGACAAUCAUUUUCACUACAGUGCCAGGAUGAGAUGGAAGCUGAGAUGAGAAGGCUCAAAAUGGAGCUAAAGUAUACAAUGGAAAUGUAUAAUAGUGCAUGCAAGGAAGCAAUAUCUGCAAAGAAGGCGGCUAAUGAGUUAUACAAGUGGAGAGCAGAUAAAGAACAUAAAUUAGAAGAGGUGAGACUUGCUAAGGAAGCAGCAAUGGCAAUGGCAGAAAGUGAGAAAGAAAGAAGCAGAGCAGCCAUGGAAGCAGCAAUGGCAGCUAAAAAGGUAUCAGAACUUGAAGCUGAAAAGAGAAAGCAUAUUGAAUCUAUAGAGGGAAAGAAGAGGGCGAUGUCUUCUUCAAAGCAAACUGAUUUAAGGUACAGAAAAUAUAGCAUUGAAGAGAUUGAAGAAGCCACAAAAGAUUUCUCACCUAGUCACAAGAUCGGAGAGGGAGGCUAUGGACCUGUUUUCAAGGGUACACUAGAUUAUACCAAAGUGGCAAUAAAAGUUCUACGACCAGACGCUGCACAUGGAAGGUCUCAGUUCCAACAAGAGGUUGAAGUAUUAACAUGUAUGAGACAUCCAAACAUGGUUCUCCUGCUUGGUGCCUGUCCAGAAUAUGGAUGUUUAGUCUACGAGUACAUGGCCAAUGGUAGCUUGGAAGACUGUCUCUUCAGACGAGGAAACUCUCCAACCCUUUCUUGGCAGCUAAGAUUUCGCAUAACUGCUGAAAUCGCAACCGGACUUCAUUUCCUCCACCAGAUGAAACCGGAGCCUUUGGUGCACCGUGACCUUAAACCAGGAAACAUAUUACUUAACCAACAUUUUGUCAGCAAGAUCUCAGAUGUGGGCUUGGCCAGGCUAGUCCCUCCAUCUGUUGCUGACACUGCAACCCAAUAUAGAAUGACUACAACUGCUGGGACAUUCUUUUACAUAGAUCCCGAAUAUCAACAGACCGGUAUGUUGGGGACUAAAUCAGACAUAUACUCGUUUGGCAUUAUGCUUUUGCAAAUACUUACAGCUAAGCCACCAAUGGGUUUAACUCAUCACGUCGAAAGGGCAAUAGAAAAGGGAACUUUUGCUGAGAUGUUAGACCCUACUGUUCCUGACUGGCCACUCGAAGAGGCCUUGGUUGCAGCAAAACUUGCUCUACAAUGUGCAGAAUUAAGACGUAAAGAUAGACCUGAUUUAGGGAAUGUUAUUUUGCCUGUGCUUAACAAACUCCGUGAUCUAGCUGAAGAAAACAUUAGCUAUGGCUAAAGCCAACGGUCUUUGCCAGGAAGGAGCCCAGUGUCAUCGACUUCACUACAUUAGAUUAUGAGUGAUCCAUAGCUACAAUAUGGAUAUGAUAAUUCAAGUUUCCACCAUAGUUCUACUUCUUGA